CGGAAGUUUCCCGCUUUGAGCUCGUUACGAUAAACCUCCGACUUGUUAUGCUGCAAUUAAUAUUAGCAACGAUGCAUCUUUAUGUGCGCGUGGCGCAUUGUCGUUGCAGCCGUUGACUGUCUCGUACUAGAUCCUGUUUCGCUGCGGGACCCGGUUUGGCUUAAAGAAUAUUUAAACAUUAUUUGUGGAGACGCGGUUUUAUUGUGGUUUUCUUCCGCUUUGGCGGAUAUUUGUUUUCUCUCGGACUCUUGACGGCGCUGCCAGCACAACCCUUAGUUGUGGGAGCCGUAGACGAGAAAUUAUAACACCGGGGUACGGAACCGAGCAGCCGGACUAGACGGUGCGUCGCCGGUUCUCGCUAUCCCGUUAUUUCACGGUGGAUAUGAGACACCCCGAGAGGCUCGGACCGCGCUCUUCGACCCCUCCGUGAACUUGCCAGGCGCAAAGACUUGAUUGACUUCACGUAUAGAAAAAUCACCAGUGCGAUGUUUGUACUCUUCCCAGUGUCCUGAUAAGUGCAGACCACCUUCCCAAACAACAGAACUUCAUUAAGUGGCCACCAGGAGUAAGGGAUACAAAGUUGCCAUCCUCCAGAUCUACAAACAGCUGUUCGGGAGAGCAGAUUGUGGCCCGGCCCAUCUCGACGCACGGCCAGCGCGAGCUAACAGGCGCUGCCAGUGCGCAAAGCGCUCCUCUGUCAAACGCGUGCCAUGUUCUCACGCUGCGGGGAGACUUAAGCUGUGUGCCAGUCAAAACUAUCAGACAUCAUGUCUUCCAGAGAGCGUCGGACAGACGUCUACAUAAAGGCAGAGCCAAGCAGUCCAGAAGGAGGCGGGGGAGGCCGGACCAGUCCCGGUGGGGCCUCGUCAGACUCCUCUCAGAGCGGAGGAGGAGGAACCAGAGGAGACGGCGCUAAACGUUACUCGCCGCCGCUCUACACACCAGCCCUGCGUUGCCACUUCAAAGACGAGGGCGGCGAUGGGGCCGAGGAGAGCUCCACCGGAAAUGGAGCCGGGCGCUGCAAGUACGCCCUGAGCACGCUGCCCAAGAGGCUGUGUUUAGUGUGUGGGGACGUGGCCUCAGGUUACCACUAUGGCGUGGCGUCAUGCGAGGCCUGCAAGGCGUUCUUUAAGAGAACCAUCCAAGGUAACAUUGAAUACAGCUGCCCAGCAUCAAAUGAGUGCGAGAUCACCAAAAGGCGCAGAAAGGCUUGCCAGGCAUGCCGCUUCACCAAGUGCCUCAAAGUAGGCAUGCUGAAAGAGGGGGUCCGUCUUGACAGGGUCCGGGGUGGAAGACAGAAGUACAAAAGGCGUCCAGAAGUAGAGAAUGCAACGUACCAGAGUGCCCCUCUGCCUCUGACUAAGGAGAAUGAAAAAGGUUCCUCCAACAUCAUUGUGUCCCACCUCCUAGUGGCCGAGCCAGAAAAGCUCUUUGCCAUGCCUGACCCCCUGCAGCCCGACACGGCCCAGCGGACUCUCACGACCCUUUGUGACCUCGCUGACCGUGAGCUGGUUGUGAUCAUUGGCUGGGCCAAACACAUUCCAGGCUUUCUGUCACUGUCCCUAGCUGACCAGAUGUCAGUGCUGCAGUCCGUGUGGCUGGAGGUGCUGGUGCUGGGUGUAGCGUACCGCUCGCUUGGCUGUGAGGAUGAGGUGGUGUUCGCAGAGGAUUUUGUCCUCGACGAAGAGAUGUCCCGUGUUGCAGGACUGACCGAGCUAAAUGCAGCAAUUAGCCAACUUGCUCGCCGUUUCCGGGCCCUGAACGUGGACCGGGAGGAAUUUGUCAUGCUAAAAGCCAUCGCACUCACUAACUCAGACUCCGUUUACAUCGAGGACAUGGAAGCUGUGCAGAAGCUGCGGGAUCUCCUCCACCAGGCCCUGCUGGAGCUGGAAUGUCAGCGGCGCCCAGACGACCCUCAGCGGGCCGGACGCCUCCUCUUAACGUUGCCUCUCCUCCGACAGACUGCCGGUCGCGCUCUCACCACCUUCUACAGCAUCAAGACCCGCGGAGGCGUACCCAUGCACAAACUGUUCCUGGAGAUGCUGGAAGCCAUGAUGGAUUCUCCCUAAAGUGGAAAACAACAGAGGCAAAAAAAAGGAUGCGGGAAAAGACCCAGCAGAGAUCUAGUCCUCAACAGUGGUUGAUGAGGAAGGAAAAACUUUAUUAAGAGAGUUGAUGAGGGAAAUGAUCAUUUUACCCUUCAGGCUACAUGAAGAAAAUUGGAAAAGAGAAUUGUCAUCAUUAUCCUGAAGUGGGAAUUGCUCCUUUACUCCAAGAUGUAACUGCCAAAUGUCGGUAUAAGGCUCAACGAUCCAAGACUGAAAACAUUUAACAUUGUCAGAAAACUUCCGUUUUAAGUGUUCCAUCACAAAAUUAGUCUGCAGUUGCGUAACCACCAAAAGAACAUUGUUUUGGUACUCAAGAACUGACUGCAACCAUGUGGCUUUUGAACUUCAUGAAAUAAUGCAACGUCUACUUAUGAAAGCCAUAAUGACAUAACCAGUGAGAGACUCAACGGUCUAGUGUGGGGUCACAUUGACAUGCACAGAGUGCUUGUGUUCACUAUAGUACAGUGUGCCGUUGUAGGCAAAUUAUUAGGAGUUACUUGCAAUAUGUUAUAAGCAAUAUAACGAUUGAUUAUUGCCACAUUUUAAAUGUGGAUAAAAAGGGGGGGCAUCUACGUCUGCGUGUGACCAGUAGUUCUCCACUCUCCGGACCCCUAAUGCUGGUUCUUCUUUUUUUUUUUUGGUAUUUGGGUGCCAGGAGAUUUGAAAUUGUGGUAGGAGAAGAAAACAGCAGCACUUACAUGGGUUGAACUGGAGCUGGGGAACUAGUGGUGUACAUAAUAGGUGCAGGUUUCUUUAUAGAAGGUUGUGCAAUUGACUUGUAGUCCAGUAAAGGUGCAUUUGAAGACUGUGCCCUCUACCUGGAAGGUAAGACGUUCAGUGUUUUAUGUCGGCGCACACGGAGCAAGCAUGUGCGUACUUGUGCAGUCAAGGCCAACGAGCUACACCGAGAUCAGGGAAGAAUCCAAAUCUGACAUUAAAGCCAGUUUGGCAGCAUCAGUGGUGAGAAAAUAUAAACAGGCCUCCAUUGGCUUUUUUUUUAUUUUUUUUUUUUUUAUAAAAUCCUCCACUAAAUCUAACCACUAUCUUUUUUUUUACCUGUUUCAUUUCUGGGCUAUAAUCUGUAACACUAAUCCAUAUGAUUGAUAGGUUUAAAAGGUUUUGCUGCUUUUUCUGCAGCAGCGAAAAACGUUGCGUAAGAGAUCGCCGAUGUUUCUACGCAGGAACCCUCGCUUUGUGUAUAUGUGUAAAAACCUGCCCGCCAAGGGCUCGCAGCAACAAGAAAUGCAACUCAGUCGACAUCUUCCUCCCGGAUGUUGAAAACCUGUCUGAAAACAUCCUGAAGGUCAUUGUUUGGGCGGUUUCUAUACCUACAGUAUGUACGAUUCCUAUAGUAAGCUUCACAUGCGACGCAGAGCUACCAGAUACCUAAAAGUAACGUAGUGGCCGGAGGGUCGUUUUAGCCAUGUACAGUUCCAUUAAAAGAAACGGACAUGCAAUUUAUAGUGGAACAUAAUAAAGCCAGCAAAUGUGAUACAAUUUGCCCAUUACAAUUAUAUUUGUGCAGCUCACGGUGUUGACAUUUGUAAAGACUUGAAAUGUGCUUUUUCAUACAUUUUUACUUUUUAGGAUUUAGGGUAUUUUAUUGACAUUGUGGCCGUUGUGGGUUUGGGGUUGGUAUGGAGGUUUUUAAUCAUUAUAUAUUGAAUGCUAUUUUUUUUUUUUAUGUUAAGCAUUUGUGUUUUCGGGAACCGAUUGUCGUUUGGGGAACAAUUUCCAUGGCUCUAUAGAUCCAGCAGCAGCAUGGUGAGGCUACAGAGGGCUACCUCAGGAGGCAGAGAAAGCCAUUGAAUGUCCUGCAGUUGUGCAAACACCUGAAAUGACGUUUUCUCCUGUCAUUAUACUUCUAAGGUGUAUAUGGCGCAAUAACGUGCUUUAGAUGAUGCCUCUCACACUGGAGGGCAGGCUUCUAGCCGACACGGUUUCACAGGCGUAAUGCUGCAGCUUGAAAACAGCAGAGGUCAUUAGCAGCAGUUCAAACUGAAAACAGUUCAGCGUCGUAACGUGUGUUAUUUUUGCCACAACCAGCACAGCGGAGCAGGGAUUGUGUCACCUGGGUUUGUUCGUUACAGCUUUUGUGUUCCAGUCAUCUGAAAUGUUUUGGUCUGUGAUUUGUUCACCGAACAGUAAAUAUGAUUUCUGAAGCAAACAAAUAAACAACAGGAUUAUUGGUUGAGAGCUGUUAAAGGUUUUGUCUUUUACACAUAGGUACAUUUUACUUUCAUUAACAGACAGAUGUUUUAGGUACAUGGGCUUAGGGUACAGGCAGGGUCAUUUGCCGUGUCACUGUUAAUUAUACAGUCAUUUGUAGUUUCUAUUAAAUGUGCAAAUUAAUAUAAAUGAGCAAUACAAUAAAUUACCAAACCUCACAUUUCCUUGUAUAGCCACACUGUACAUUUAACAUUGCCAGUUAUAUUGACAAAUAGCUACUAAACGUUAUAUUAUUUAGAAGUUCAAAUCAAUGUUUGUAUUUUGAAAGACUAUUUAAAUGAUUAAAUUCUAUUUUUUACUCAAUUUACUGUUGUUUGUUGACGCUGCUUUAUUUUUGUGUGUUACUGGCUGUGAACCUCUGUGUGUAGGCUUUUUGUUUCCAUUUAAAUGAAACAGUUGAUGUCCCUUGUCUAAACAUGUCCACAUGAAAAUCACUGUGAAAUAAGUGAUAUUUUCCACUGUCUGAUAAAGCAGGGGGUGGAUUCUUGUAGGUGCUUUGUGUUGUGGAAUAAACGGACACACCAACACCA